ACAUAUUAAUUGUUUUUACAUAUUCACUUCCUCUUUUGUUUCUUUACUCGAUCAUUUAUCAAUCAACUACUGUGUUAUGCAGGUUAAAUUCCUGAAAUCGAAUGUUCUCGUAUAAAUUUCCAGUAAUGAAUUUGAAAAAUAAAAGUCAUUUCAAUAUUUUCAUAUUUUAGAAAAAUGGGUUCAUCUUUAGCACAAGCAUUUUUCCAAAAUUGCCACGGUAAUACGAAGAAAGUAUUAGAUUUAAUAGCACCGGAGAAAUCACCACCACCCUGCUUUACAAUUCAAAUUGACGACAAAAAACUAGCGUCACUCAUGCACAAUGAGAUUGUCAAAGCAAAUGUGCAUGACAGUAUACUAGAAAUUGGCGAAACCAUUCUGGAACGUUUCCGAAAGCAAAUUGAAAAUGAAUUACGAGACAAAAUACAAAAACAGUUAGAAGAAAAGUUUCAUAUCUAUCAAGCAAAACAACGAUUAGAAGCUGAACAAAAGUCGCAAGAAAUACAUGAAAAAUACAAAAGUUACAUGAAAACAGUACAAAAAAAAAUUCAGAAACAAAUCGAAACCGAGUGGGCGAACGUUACCGCUCAAUGGGUAAAAAUUAUGCAAAAAGCGAUUGUACAAGAACGAAUAAAAGUAUCUCGUGAAAUGAUACAAAAAAUGCGGAUCGAAAUUGCUUACGUGGUACAGUCAUUGUAUGAAGAAUUCGAAAAAUCGUUUCUGGCCCGAAAAGAAAAUAUGAUCGCUGAUUUCAAUGAAAUUAUGAGAAAUCUGUAUGUAAAAUUGGACGUAGAAAAGAAAGAAUUCGAAAAGAAAGUGGGCAAAGAAUUAUACAUUCAAAAACACCAGCUUGAAAUGCAAAGCACCGCGGAUAUAAUCAAUAUUCAUUGUUUGGAACAAUUGCGUUAUUGCAAGGAAAAACAUAUCUUACAUGAAUACUUUCAGAAAGAAAUUACAGGGCUGCACGCAUCAAUUGUUCGUCUGAAUAAUGUUAUAAGCGUGAUAAGGAAUGAAGUUAUUAAUUGCCACAUGAAGAGAACAUUAUUGGAAGAACAGUUUUGUGAAAUUGCUAAACAGUUUCAAAAAUUCAUUGAUUUUGCGUUUCAUACCAUCCCGGGACAAUCGCAAUAUUUGUUACCGUUGGAGUUACAGCGCUUAAUUUUCCCCAAAAAGGAUGAAAAUGAAGAAAAAGAUAAAGAAAGAAAUUAUAAAAAGAAUUGAUGAACGCACUUAUUCCAUUUGUAAUAUAAAGUGUGUGAGUUACUUUGUUAGUGUUUUAUAAACUGUGACAUAUUUUUAAAUAACUGCAGUAUUGAGUUUUUCUUCGAUGAAAACAAAUUAAUACUUUUCCAAAAAGUAGAACGGUAUUAAUUCUUAUCCUAUUAAUUAUUUAAAUUUAAAAAAUGAAAGAGCUUUGGAAACGUUGAAUCGUCUGUGCUAUAUUAAGAGACCUUUAACUAUUGACCUACUGAUCAUAUUAACGUGUCACGCAAACAUUCAUUCAAAUUACAAAGUAGUAAAAAAACGCAUUGAUCUUUUUUUAAAGGGAUGUCUAUUUAUACCAGUCUAUUAAUAUCCUGCCAAAGAAAAGGAAAUAUUUAUGCACUUCCGGAAGAAUAAAGUGAUUCGAAAAUAAUGUAAAAUUUUUGUUGUUAUAAAAAAGUUAAUUACAUAUUGAGCACUAUAUAAAGAGAUUUCUGUAAACCUUAAACUCAUUACUAUUUCUGUCGUAUAAGGAUAUUAGCCAUUUUGGUCACACCUCGAUGGCGACCGUAGACAAGGACGGUACCAAUCUGGGCAUCUCUGAAGGCUCGAUAUUCUCGGAUGGUAAAAUUCUCGAAUCAUGACAUUUUUUUUACCAACUUUGCUUUGCGGAAUAGGUGGAUAAUCUGAAAGCCGCCAUCCGUAUAACCAACUAGUGCAGUCUGGAU